AUGGGUGACCGAAGCGUCGACGAAGCAACAGUCGGUUGCUCAGACGAUGCAGAAACACGCUCAUGUCCCGGUGAUUUGCGAUCAGAUCAUUCAUCAAAACCAACGAGGAGUAAAUGGAGCCACAUGCGACAAGCGUCCCAAGGAGUACCACCCCGACAUAUGGAAAAGGCUCUCCGAAGGAAAGAAUUCCAAUUGCCACCUCAACAACACGAAAUUAUCGAACGAGAAAUGACGGUUCUCACUGAAGAAUCUCAAUGUGGAAUUGGCAAGUACCGACCGCGAUGGUUACAAUGGCUUGGAAAACAGUUUCCGAUGAUUGUCUUGCUCUGUGUAUACUGUAGUAUACAGGGUCUGAUUGUCAACGGCUUGGUUCCAUCUGCCAUUUCCUCAAUAGAACGACGUUUCAAGUUCAGUACAAGUCACAUGGGAAGAAUUGUGCAGUUCUACGAUUUUGGCUACGUGCUGUUCUGCAUCCCUGUGUCUUAUUUCGGAGGUCGUCACAGUAAACCGGCAGUUCUAGCCGCCGGACUUGCCUGCAUGGCAUUAGGAUCUCUAAUCUUUUCUCUUCCCCAUGUCAUGUCAGAUUCGUACUCAGCUUCCCAAUCCAAUAUGUCCUACGGCACAUGUUCAAUUGAAAGUUUCCUUCAAAAUGACAUGACGUCACCAAAAGCCUUGGCUCAAACCGCAUGCCAAAGUGAAAGAGAGAUUCAACAUGCGGCAACAAACUUCUACUUCUACCUGUUCUGCUUCGCUCAUUUCCUUCAUGGUAUUGGUGCAACUCCACUGUUCACAAUCGGUGUCUCCUACAUCGAUGAGAAUGUGGGAACUGCUAAAUCAUCUCUCUUCGUUGGAAUUUUCUAUUCAUUUGCUGUUUUCGGACCAGCUAUCGGAUUUCUUGGCGCAUCAGUAUCCUUACAAUACCAUACUGAUUUUUGGCAUCUGCCACCAGAGCAGAUUUUGAAAGUUUCUUCAGGAGAGACUGAUCCGACAUGGGUUGGAGCAUGGUGGUUGUCAUUUAUAGUGGCUUCAUUCGUUGGAUUUGUGGCUGUUGUCCCACUUGCUUCACUUCCUAAAGUACUCCCAGCAUCAUUGAAGUUCCAUCGCACUCGUCUUCACGAUGCUGCAGUGGCAAACCGACGCAGGACCCCAGAAUGUUGUGGAAUGCCAGGUUCAAAUAAGACUGCUGCAAUCAAUAGUGAUGCUCCACUACCAGAACAAGCUUCGUUGCUUUACUCUUCAAUCCCAGCACGUGGAAGUGGACCACUGUGGUACAAAAUUUGGCUGGAUGUCCGCCAUAUCCCAAUUGCCAUCUACCGUAUCUUGACUAACUGGCUGUUCAUGAUCAUUACUUUAGCUAUGGCAAUUGAUAGUUUGGUUGUCACUGGAGCCUCUUCGUUCAUGUCCAAAUAUCUUGAGAGACAGUUCAGCGUACGUCCAAGCAAAGCCAACUUGUUGAUUGGUUGUGUGAUGGUUCCAAUGGCCGGAUUAGGAUGUAUGGUUACUGGAGGAAUAGUGAAUCACUUCCGAUUGAAUAGCAGCAAGAUGCUCAAGUUUGCAAUUGGCCUCAUUUUCCUUUCUCUUCUCUUCUCUCCAAUGUAUUUGAUCUAUUGUCCACAUGCUCCACUAGUAGGAGUUGAUUCCGAGUACCCAGAAUUCGAUGGAUCCAUUCCUGACUACCACAAUGAAACCUAUAGCAAAGACCCUGAACUUGUGAAUACAUGCAACAAACAAUGCACAUGUGACCCAUCGGAAUAUAGACCGGUGUGUGCCGAAUUGGAUGAUGGUCGACAGUUUACUUACUAUUCUCCGUGUUAUGCAGGAUGUACUGAGUCGUAUUCGGCUUCCCUGAAGGAGUACACCCAGUGUACCUGCGUUCCAAAUAACACGAAAAACCAUCCAAGGAUUGUCAAAAAAGGAGUAUGCGAACCACAGUGUACUGAACUAUUAUGGUUCCUCUUGCUGUUUGCACCACUCUCUUUCUGUACCUUCGCCGUUGCCGUACCUAUCAUCUCAGUCAUUCUGAGAACAGUUGACUAUAAUGAGAGGUCAUUUGCCCUGGGUAUUCAGUGGAUCAUGAUCAGAGUGAUUGGAACCAUCCCAGCUCCAGUGGUGUUUGGAUGGAUGUUCGAUGUCUCUUGCAUCAAAUAUCAAUCUGAUUCUUGUGGAAGCUCGAGCGGUGGAUGCCUAAUGUACUCAAACCAGUAUCUUGCCAAUCUCUUCCUCACUUUCACUAUCAGUGGCCAGAUCAUCACUUUAGCUAUCCUCAUUGUGGUCUUAAUGAUUUUCGGAGCGACGCUUAACGAUGAUGCACAUCUUGGAGCACCUCCAUUAGAACAUCAGUUGGAGGAGGCUAGUCUUGUUGAACGAAAAGAAUUGGAGCCGGAAGAAAAAACAAAUCUUACGCAGUAA